AUGCAACAAGAGCGCCCACGCUAUGUGAUCAACAGGCCAGCCUACUCCCUCCCAGACUUUGAUGGGGAGUUUGACAAGAAGAAACGGGCCUUCCCCAUAGGAGAGAAAGUGAAGAAAUGCUUCAGGUGCUCUGGGUCUCGACUCAAGUCCCUGCUGUUCAGACACCUGCCUAUCCUGAGCUGGCUGCCCAAGUACAAGGUGAAGGAGAACCUGCUGUGUGAUGUCAUUAGCGGGGUCAGCGCAGGCACCAUUCAGGUUCCUCAGGGCAUGGCGUUUGCUCUGCUGGCUAACCUGCCUCCUGUCAAUGGCCUCUACUCCUCCUUCUUUCCUCUCAUCCCCUACUUCUUCAUGGGCACUGCUCACCAAAUGGUCCCAGGUACUUUUGCUGUGCUCAGUAUCAUGGUGGGAAUGGUGUGUCUGAGUCUGGCCCCUGAGUCUGACUUCAGCCACUUCAAUGCCACCCUCAAUGCUACACUAGUGGAUGAGGACAGGAUGAACGAGGUUCGACUGGGCAUCUCUGGAACACUGGCCUGUCUCACUGCCGUCAUCCAGAUGGGCCUGGGCCUAAUGCAGUUUGGCUUCGUGGCCAUCUACUUGUCUGAGUCGUUCAUCAGGGGCUUCAUGACGGCUGCAGGACUGCAGAUCCUCAUCUCUGUACUGAAGUACAUCUUUGGUAUUAAAGUACCUCCCUACAGUGGACCACUUGCCACCAUAUAUACUCUAAAAGAUAUUUUUUAUGGCCUGCCUGACACCAACAUAGCCUCGCUGGUCUUUGCUCUGGUCAGUAGUGUGGUACUCAUCACAGUGAAGGAGCUGAGUGCACACUUUCGUCACAAACUGCCUUUCCCCAUCCCCAUGGAGAUCAUUGUUGUGGUAGUGGCCACAGCCAUAUCAGGUCCCCUGGACCUGCCUGAGAAGUAUCACAUGGACAUAGUAGGAGAAAUUCCCCUAGGAUUUCCUGCUCCGAUCCUCCCAACAGUGAUUCAGUGGGAUGACAUGCUGAGCACAGCCUUCUCCCUGGCUAUCGUGGGCUAUGUGAUCAACUUGGCUAUGGGCAGGACACUGGCAGCAAAGCAUGGCUACGAUGUGGAUCCCAACCAGGAGAUGUUGGCUCUGGGCUGCAGUAACUUCUUGGGGUCUUUCUUCAAGAUCCAUGUGAUCUGCUGUGCUCUGUCUGUCACUUUGGCGGUAGACAAUGCUGGGGGAACAUCACAGUUUGCCAGUCUGUGUGUGAUGCUGGUGGUCAUGGUCACCAUGCUGGCUUUGGGGGCUUUCCUCAAACCACUACCAAAGUCUGUGCUGGGAGCCCUGAUAGCGAUCAACCUGAAGAACACUCUGCUGCAACUCUCUGACCCAUAUUACCUCUGGAAGAAGAGCAAACUGGACUGUUGUGUGUGGGUGGUGUCCUUUUUAGCCACCUUCUUCCUGAGUUUGCCUUAUGGAGUUGCCAUUGGAGUCAGCUUCUCCAUCCUCGUGGUUAUUUUCCAGACCCAGUUUCGAAAUGGUUCAGAGAUGGCUCAAAUCAUGGACACAGAUCUCUACAAAAACCCCAAGAUUUACAGCAAGGUGAAAUGUGUAGAGGGGGUGAAAAUAGUGAACUACUGCUCCCCUCUCUAUUUUGCCAAUGCAGAGAUAUUCAGGCAAAAAGUCAUCAAAAAGACUGGAUUGGACCCAAGUAAACUUCUCUUAGCCAGGAAGAAGUUUCUGAAGAAGCAGCAGAAAGAGUUAGAAGGGCAAAACAAGAAGACCAAGAAGAAGAAGCCCUGCUCUUUGAUAGAGCUUCAGAAUGACUUUGACAUUGGUGACAGCAAUCCUUACCCGCCACCAUCACCAACCAACUAUGUCAACUUCCACUGUAGUGACAUUGAGCUGGGCGAGCAGCCUCCUGACCCAGACCAACCAAGUUCCUCCCCUGUUACCCUGGACUCUCAACCCAGGCCCUUCCACACCCUCAUCCUGGACCUGGCAGGGGUCUGCUUCAUAGACCUCAUGGGAAUCAAAGUACUCAUCAAGAUGAACUCAAGCUAUGAGAUGCUGGGGAUCAAGCUUUACUUGGCCAAUGUUCAAGCACAGGUGUACGAGGAGCUGGAGGGGGGAGGGGUGUUUGAGGAGGGCAAUAUCGCCCAAGGUCACCUCUUCCUCUCUGUCCAUGACGCCAUCCUCUGUGCCCAACAGAGGUCAAGAAACACCGAAACCUCUGAAAAGGCAGAGAAAGAGAGGAAGGAGCUGGCCCUCUAUAUACAGGAGGAUGAGGAGAGGGAUCUGGAGCAGGAACUGUUUUGAACAUGGGAUUUUUUACUACUGAAUGUAUGGAGAAUGUAUGAAAUGAAUGAAGAUCUAGGAACAUGUUAAUUUAGGU